AUGCCGACGUUCUCCACGGUUAAAACCUCGAACGCCAGCUACUCUCCAGCUUCGCCUCCCGUUGCACUGUUUUUUGGAGGAACCUCUGGCAUCGGCAAGGCCACCGUUGAAGCUUUCGCGCGCUACACAGACGGAGAGGCGCAUAUCAUCAUUCUGGGGCGCAACAGGACUGCAGCGGAGGGCAUACUCUCGUCGUUGCCGAGGCCAAAACAGGAAGAUGGGAGCUGGAAACACGAGUUCGUCGCCUGCGACACCUCGCUCAUGAAGAAUGUCGAGGCCGUCACGCGCCGGCUGCUUGGCUCAUUGCCCAAGAUCAACUUUCUGGCCAUCUCGUCGGGGCAUGUCAGCCUGCUGGGGCGGAAAGACACGGAGGAGGGGAUUGACAAUUCGUUGGCGGUGCGGUACUACAGUCGAUGGAAGAUCACCAACGACCUGCUGCCGCUGUUGCGCAAAGCGGCGGAGUUAGGUGAACCAGCAAGUGUUCUGAAUGUCCUGGACCCCACCCGUGGAAUCACUGUUGAGGAAACAGACGAUUUUGGCUUGAAGAAACCGGGAAAAUACUCUGGGUUCAAAGCAACACAACUAUCGAUGACCUACACGGACCUCGCGAUGGAGGAGUUUGGCCUGAGGGAGCCCACCAUUGCGUUCACUCAUAUUCUUCCUGGCUUUGUCAACACCAACGUCUUCAGUUCGAACCACUGGGCCAUGCAACUGGCGAGGCCGAUAGUCAAACCGAUUAUAUGGGCCUUUGCUAUGUCUCCCGCUGUCUGUGCGGAGAACAUGAUUUACGCGCUGUUGAAUGCAGAGAAGGGUUAUAAUCGGAGAGGCGAGAAAGUCGAAGAUCUCGGUUUCAAAUCACAUCCAUAUCCCGACGAGAAGAGACGCGCGGAGAUAAGACAGAAAUUAUGGGAGCAUACAGUAAAGGAAGUCUAUCCAAGUUAG